AUGGAACCCCGCACUCAUAACUUACUUAUAGGACUAGGUUUAAGAUCUGAGCUCUUUGUUCUUCUCCAAAGUACUCUGAAACUUUUGGGAGAAGAACUUUCUGGAUUGAGCAUCAUAGAUCUACAAAAUCUGGAAAAUCAACUAGAAAUGAGUUUGAAAAGCAUCCGAAUGAAAAAGGAGCAAAUUUUAACGGAUGAAAUCAAAGAGUUAAACCAGAAGGGAAAUCUCAUGCAUCAAGAAAACAUAGAGCUGUAUAAGAAGGUAAGCCUUGUUUCUCAAGAGAAUGCAGGCUUGCAGACAAAGGUUUAUGGCGCAGGAGGUACAAACACAGCAAACAGGGUUCCGCACAUAACAUGCGGAAUUAGUCAUGGUUAUGAUUUGCCUGUACCUGUCAAUCUCCAGCUAAGCCAGCCACAGACAGAGAAGAAUGAUACACCAGCAAAUGGGAUAAAAUUGGGGCUACAACUGCAUUAG